AGGCCCCAGGAUUCAGUGCCAGCUCGAUUGGAGUGUGGGAGCCAUGGCAAAGACCUUGCUCUCGAUCCUCCUUUCUACUCCUCUUGCUUGGGCAACAAGCGUGGCAUCUCCUGGCUGCACCUGUCUGUCUCAUGGUCAGGUGGCGAAGAUGGUCAACGGUAUGAGCAAGGUUGAGGCCACUGUGUCAGGGAGCACAGUGGAUUACCCCGCAACCUAUGGCAACUACUGCGGAAAGCAGGCAGAGCCUGGUUCGUCAUCUUGCUGGAACCUGACCAACGAUAUGGAACUCCCUACGGCUGACCAGGCAGGCUGGUGCAACGACCCAUGGUGCUACGUAGAUCCUUGCACUUGUCCAGUGGCAGACCUCGCGAUGUCGUCUUACUUUCCCGGUUCCGGGCUUUACUAUUCCUAUUCGAACUGUGGAGGAGUGGACACGUUCACCAGCAGUAGCCACCAGAACGUCGUGGCGAACUGCGCGAUGAACUACACGCCUGUGGACGCAGCGACAUGCCUGGUGAAGAUGUCACACGGCCAGGAAAAGGUCGCUUGCACUAAAGCUUUUGCCAAGGAGGGCAAAUGCGUCAUGGCCUCCCCAAGCGGCACGGCACUUGAAUACCCGGCAACUUAUGGCGAAGGAUGUGGCGUACAUCUUGAGCCAGGCUCAUCUUCUUGUUCGGACUCAAGCGGCAACGCCCUGGCGCGCAAUGAGAGUGCAGAUUGGUGCACAAAGCCCUGGUCGUAUGUAAACCCAUGCACAUGCACUGCUAGUGACAUUGCUUUGACCACGUACUUCAACCUGGAGCUCUAUUACAGCUACAGCGUUUGUGGAUCCACAGACACGUACACCACAAGCCCGUCGAAUGUGAACAUCACUGGCAGUGUGGGCUGUCCUAGCCCUCCCCCGCCCCCAAUCAGCCCAAUGAACUGGCCCUUCACAAGCGCACUGGAGGAAGGCUGCUCUUGCAUGCCCUUGUCCGACAUGUACCUCAUCGCUUCUACGGAUGCCUCUUGUGCUCAGGGAAGCGGCAAGUGCGCCAAUGCCAGCAGCGGCAUGCUGACUGCCAACUACGGUGGAAGCUGCGGAAUUCAUGCAGAGCUGUUCAGCUCGAGCUGUUUUGAUCAGGACACAGGCAUGAUGUGGGCUGACCAGUGUGAGCCGGGAUGGACGGUUGGAUGCCGCGCAGCUUGGUGUGACAGGCCUUGGUGUUAUAUCGACCCUUGCACAUGCAGCUCAGCGACGGACAUCGCGGCGAGCCAGUACUUUCCAGGGUCGACGCUCUACUACUCCUAUGCAAACUGCAAGUCAGUUGACACAUUCACCCCCAGCGGCAGUUCCGUGGACAUCAGUGACAUUUGCCCAACAACAACGAAUGUGGUUUCUACGAGUGGAGCUGCAAGGGACAUCUUGUCCCUGGUGUCGCUAGCUGCCUGGAUGUUGCUAUGAUAAGCCAAGUGAUUCUUAAUUCGGCACCACGCAGAAGCCCAUUCUGUGCCUUGGAUGGCCUGGACGCUUUUGAAGUUUCAUAGAAGCUGGACCAAGUUGUAUGCUUCACAUCCGUUUGCGCCAAGC